AUGGCUAGCGAGCAAUCUUCCGCAGUGUUAUUACCUGCUAAUCCUAUAGAGCAAUACGUUAUUUUAGCUAAAAAUUUCCAUGGUAGUGCUAUUGUUUCACUUAUAAAUCAAGCCUUGGAUGCUAAUGGAGUAUAUAUCUUUGGUGAAUUAUUGGAACAACCAUCCGUUCAGGAAAUAGCUGAAGGCCCUGAUGCAAAGUAUUACAAGUUGUUAAAGUUAUUUGCUUAUGGUAUUUGCAGUGAUUACGAAGAGAAUAAGGACGAAUUACCUGAGCUGACCCUUAUUCAAAGGCGAAAACUUCAACAAUUAACUAUAGUCUCCCUAGCAUCCAAGAACAAACGUAUUCCGUAUCAUGAAUUACAAUCACAGCUAGGCAUUAACGACUUAAGAGAACUAGAGGAUCUAAUUAUUGAAACCAUCUACACUGGCAUUAUUGAAGGCAAAUUAGACCAACAAGAACAAAUGUUUGAGGUAGAUUUUGCAAUAAGUCGAGAUGUCCGAUCAGAUUCUGUCGAUGAAAUCAUUAAUACACUAGAAACUUGGUGCAAUAGGUGUGAUAGUACAUUGAAAGAUUUAGAAGAUGAAAUUCGGAAAGCCAAUAGUGUCAAAGCAGAAAAGGAGGCUGCAAAAAAUGAAAUUAAAAACAAGAUUGAGAAAAUUAAAGCCAUGAUCAAAGAGGAAGCAGCUGCAAGUGGUAGUGCAACGUCUCCAGGAAAAAAAGAAACUCCUUCUUAUUUGAAAUUACCCAAAAAAGUUCCUCGAGAAGGAGGAGGACUACGUGGAAGUAAAGUGGGACGAGAUUAA